UUUCUUACACAAAUAAAGUGUAAACGUUUUGCCUCAAGAACAACUGAAGUGUUUUACAGUAUAUUUUAAAGUAUAUAGUAGUCAUCUCAUGUUUAGGCAUUCAAUGAGUUUUUAGUUUAUAAGAAUGCAGUACUUUCACAGCUUCCAUUAGUUCUUCCUGGGCAAAAGUUAUUAUACUCUUUCUAAUAUAAUUUCUUUAUUGCCUUGCUAUAGUUUUAUGGACGCUUUUCCUGUCAAAAUGGCUGAGGGCAGUUAUUUAAACUGUUACUCUUAAAUAAAACUGGAUAUACACCGAAGACCAAAAUGUAUAAUGAUUAUUCACAAUCUAAAGAGGAUCUCAUUGAAAGUAGUGUAUGCAGCUGUGAGAGAAUAUUAUGCACAUGAUUAUAAGUUUCAAUCUUCUCACUUACUGCAUAAAUGGUUCUAUAAAUGGCCAAACUUAAGUCACUGUUCAUAUAAUUUACUUAAAGUUGCUUUGCCAUUUAGAAAUACUCAAUAACAAGCAGGUAACAGCCAGUCAUCGGCACUGCUUCUUGAGUGAACAGGUAUUACUUAACAAGAUAAUGUAUCUUAAGUGUAUUAUUUUUUAAUCUUCACGACAGAUGCAUCAACUUGAAUGUUUAGUUUGUCAAGCUGCUUUCAUCUGUUAACUGUUUGGUAGUUUAAUAUAUUGCAGUGCAUCAUCCUUGUAAAAUCUUUAUAUGAAAAGUAACUCGCAGUAGCCUUAUAUAAAUUGAAUGGAGGAAAAGUAUAAAAUGUUACUCCGAGUUAAUGCAUAAAGUGCUUCAAAUUUGUGCUUGUUUAAAUAUAGUUACUUGUCAACAUUAUGUUUGAUAAAAGUGCAGUAAGUCACUGAGAUCCCUCACACGAGGAACUGUGUGAACUAAUGAAUCUGGAGACAAGACCACACAGAUGUUGUCAUGGAUUAAAUCAGUCAGGCACUUGAAGGUCUGGAUGGAUUCCAGUGACAUGAUUGAGCGAUUGCCAUGGCGACUGGAGUGUUUUCCCCAAUCUGGAGAGGAUGCACGACGAGUUCAUUUCAACGGCUGAAAAAAUCUGCCUGCAUCAUGUGUCGUCCUUCAAAAGGUUCCUUUUGUUGCUGGGCAGAGUGCUGUCCGUCAUCUACAUCACAAAGGAAAGUGCAUCCAGGCACCUUAUUGAAAUUCUCUGCUCAUUGAUGUCAUCCCCGCUUUGCUGUCUCAGAGUUUACCAAGCGUGAUUCACUGCAAAGUGGACUAAAGUUAAGCAGGUUUAUGAACCCCCUGAGUAUUCAUCUCAUAUUUACACUGAAACCAUGAGGCAGAAACACAAUGGACAAGGGAGGGCACAACAAAUCAUGGAGCAGUCGAUCAUUGUCUUUACUUUAAUUGGACAAACAUCUGUUUCCUGGAGAGAAUGGAGGAGUAAACAGAUGAAAGGCUGGUUUACAGCCGCAGAUCAUAGUUCACAUCAAUCAGGUGCAGUUCUCACUGUUGAGGAAAUGAUGGCUAAUCAUUACAAAGGAGAUCAUGUUGGUGGUGUAACUGAGAAGAGAACAGCUCUGUUGUACAGUGCAGUGAGGUAGAUGUUUAAAGGUAAAGGUGAAAGCCUCUUGACACUCUAAAGCUUUCUCUCUACGUCUAGACACACUCCUACCAAGGUCAUCUGAGAGCCUGUCACCAGCACACACACAGUAAUUAUGUCUAAUUAUGCUCUUCAACUAAAUUGCAGUCACUCCCUCAAAUCCCCCCUCCAUUUUCAAAUUUCUUCCACUCGUGUCAGGCACACUCAAAUACUGUGAACACCCACGCUACUUUAAGAACACACGAUCAAAUAUACGUCAAACUGUAAAGUGUAUGGGGUGGAAUCAUCUUGUUUGUUUUAAUCAUAGACUAGAAAUAAAGAUGGGUGAUGCAUCCUCUUCCUCAUCCUCUGGGCUUUUCUGACGACACCAAUGGAGUUGUCAUCUCACUUCAGAGAAAAGGAGACUGUUGUUCCGAGAAACUUGAAACUGCCCAAUCUUUCUUCCUCCAGAGCAUUGAUGGUCAGUGGCGGGAGAGUCUUACUGUCUCUUUGAAAGCCGGCCACCAGCUCUUUAGUUCUGGAGACGAUCUGUUCCAAGUUUUGGAGAGAGCACCAGUUAAUCAGAGACACAACUUCAUUUCAGUAGGCUGAUUCAUCGUUGCAUGGGAUCAGCCCUACCACUACUGUGUUGAGCUUUCACAAACUGAAAUGCAGUCGUUUGUGUACAGUGAAUACAGGAGAGACGAUAGAACUUAUCCCUGGGGGGCACCAGCAACUUAUCAAAAAGUGUUGUCGUUAAAAUGGUAUUGAAAGCAGAGCUGUAAUACCCAAAAAGAGAACCCGUGUGUAGGUGGCAGGGGAUACUAAGUGCUGCAGGAUGAAAUGGACACAGAGUGACACAGCAUCCUCUCCAGAUCUAUUUGCCCUGUAUGCAAACUGGUGUGAGUCUGAGCUGACCGCGUUAGACAGGUGUUUACAUAUUAGGCUCUCAAAGAUUUUCAUUUGUCUAGAAGUUAAUGUGACAGGUCUGUAAUCAUUCAGGCAAAUAAUGUUGGAUUUCUUAGGUGCAGAUAUUAUGAGAUCGGAAUAAAAACAAACAGGAGCUUUGAAUUAAGAGACUUAAGAGACCUGUAAAAGACUGUAGUGAGUUCAUCUGCACAACAUUUAGGCGAGGUAGAGGAUACAAGGUCUGGGCUUGUUGCUUUCCUCUUUGUUAAUCUCUCUGCUGAAUCACCGGUUUUGAUGGAAUACACACAUUUUCGGAGAAGUUAAUGUAGGAAGUUACCACAUCAGUGUAUUAAUCCAGAUCCUGACUUGACUCUCUGAAAAGUCAAUUAAACACUUUGACUUCAUUAGUUUAACCCAUGUCCCAUUUACUAACAUGGAGAAGGCGGGAGAUGUGACCUAUACUGCAGCCUGCCACUUGGGGGUGAUUGAGAGAUUUUUUGGGGAUCAGUAAUUUUGUUUAUCUUUACAUACACUCUACAGCUGAGAUACAUUUCCCUGAAUUUAAAGAAAACCAAAAAUGUUCAUCCUGCUAAUGUAAGGUAGAGGACAUAUUCAGAAAAAACACUGAUUUGAGUAAAAAGCUGUGGUUUUUGCUGUUGUGCAUGAGGAAAAUAGCAACAAUGAUCUUCACUCUAUUACAAUUAUGGACUGGAUCAAUUAUCCAUAACAACAACUUAUAGAUCUGUUUCCUCAGGUGUUGUGAGUCAUGGGAAGCUUCAAGGGCCACGCUCUCCCUGGGAGCUUCUUCCUUGUAGCUGGGCUCUGGUGGACAGCAAAGUACUCGCUCUGGCACGCCACCCGCAGGAACAAGAACGUAGGUUCCACCCGGUUGGCCAGCAGAGCCUCGCAGCGCCGCCUGGAGAUCAUUGAAAGCUCUAUCGUAGUCUUCUUCUCUUUUUUUGGGAUGCUGGCAGAGCAGUUUUUUGCAGGUGGACCGAAGCUCCAGUUGUACAACUUUACAGAGAAACACUGGGAAUAUCUGAUGAACUGGCAGCAUGCAACCAUGUACCUCUUCUUCGGCCUGGCUGGGAUAGUGUCUCUGAUUAUCCACACCACAGAGGCUUUCCCACUGACUCUGGACAGGUUAAUGCUGGCUAUCGCUUUCUUUAAUGAAGGAUUUCUUUUUUUCUACCACCUCCAUGGGAGAAGUAUGCUGGACGUCCAUGUACAUCAGCUGCUGCUCUAUGCCAUCUGUGGAGGGGCUUUUGUUGCUUUCCUGGAGGUCUUCCAACGAGGCAACAUCAUUCUGGAGCUGUUGCGUUGCUGCCUCACUGUCGUGCAGGGCACCUGGUUCUGGCAGAUUGGCUUCGUGCUCUACUCUCCCAGCGGCACUGAGUGGGACAUGAAGGAUCACAACAACAUGAUGUUCAUCACCAUGUGUUUUUCGUGGCACCUCGCCUUCGCCAUGCUCCUCGUGGGUUUGCUGUACUGCACCGUCAGCUGUGGGGUUCGCUCCAGAUUGAAGAGGACUCCUCCGAUGGAAAUGGGGCUCCUGAAGCCCAGCGAGAGGGACCCAGAGUCAGAGGAUGAGAUUUUAUAAGGAGGACUAUUGUUUAACUUCACUGUGAUUCGUGUACAUCACAGUUGAAUCAGGGAUAUAAUGUUUGCAGCAAUACAGCUAGAAGGGUGGCAUUCAAACAAGAAAGGGAUGAGGACAUGUGCUUUACUUUAGAAAUAUAUCCUACCUCUGUCUUAUUUAAUCAAUUAAUUCUUUCUGUUCUUACUAGAAUACAAUAUAUCAUUAUUAUCCAUAUCUUUAUUGAUGGAGGAAAUUUAUCUUCGGCUCAUCCAACACAAAAGAACAACAACGUAAAACAAACACAUGUGCAAGGUCAUGUGAUUGAUUACAUUUUUAUUUAAAUAAUGUCAUGUCAAUUUAUGUGGGUAAAUCUCAUUGGUCGCUAUUGAUAUUGAUGGCACUUGGGAUGAAGGACUUCUUAAAUACAUCUUGGUCGCUACAGGGACUCUAUAGCGCCUCCCGGAGUUGAUACAGGCUGAACACAGGAUGGGAUACUUUGCAUAUAUUCUUCCGUAUUCAUUAAUUAUUAAUUUGCACAAGUUUUUAUCGAUUGCAUGCUUUUCAUUUGACCAGCCAAACAUUUCUUGUCAGACAUGUUGGUGUUCAGUAGUGCCACCUUGUGGUGAAAACAAUGAUCACCAUCAGCACAGCAUAUAUUACUUGAAAGUAUUUGUGUUUCAUAAAUAUAGGAAAUUGAGUCACACAUGUGUGUCGAACCCAAAGCCAAACAAUAAAUUAUUUAUGUUGAA